AUGAGGUAUCGUGGGAAUUACGGCAUAAAAGAUCUCCGCCGGGAUUUGGACGGUGGCUUGGGCUGGGCGCAUACUACCGAAAGUAUACCCACAGUGCGAGAAGCCAAGAUCAAAGGCUCCUUCCGGCACACAUCGAGUCAGGACAAGACUGACCCCAAGAAGGUCGUUACGACAUCGUUUUUCAAGUCGAGGGGCGGGAAACUGGCGACAUGCCAUGCACACGGCGAUGGCACCUGGAGCAUUGCCUUUACUAGUCUAGGACAGGAAGAGCUAGGAAAACAUAAUGUUGCUGCUGUUGGCGUCGAGCUGGACGUCAACGUGCGGGUGGAAAUCAAAGAGGACGGUCUGUACCACCACGGCGAGAUGAAGAACAAGCCGUCGGCGUGCCGUGGUCAUGUUUCGCUCAACAACGACGAGGCACACCGGAUACAUCAAGCCAGCGAUGAGAAGGAAACAGAGUCGACCAUUUCGGGUGCAAAAGUAAUAGCAGUGUCAAGUCCGAGCGAAAAGAGUGGUAGUUACGAACGGAACCAUACUCGUGCCGAUAUAAAAGCAAGGCCAACAUCCCAUUAUUACCGAGGACGUCCCCAGCUGAGUGAGGAACAGCAACAUCUAGCCUCGGAAUUGGCAAACGAGGGCCUGACAAAAAAAGAUGAGAGGCUAAUAUUCCAAAGACUGAAAACUUUGCCAUGGGAAGAACAGGAACGAAUACUACAACACUCCAAGGUACUCAAGUCCAAGUCAUAG